AUGGCACCACAUAUUAGUAAGACUAACAGACCAGUCAAAGUCCCACUAGACAUCCAACUGUUAGGAUUUAUAUGGAUAAUGGCUACCCCGGAUUGCUAUAGGAGUGUUGCUGAGAGAUUCCAAAUGAAUCGUGGUACACUUCACAAAAUUUACCGAACGAUUGUCUCGAGUAUAGUUUCUGAAGCACACAGGUAUAUUCAAUGGCCCACAAACUUGAAAAAAGAUGAGAUUAAAGAUGAAUUUUUGGUGGCCAGUGGUUAUCCAGGAAUAGUUGGAGCAAUUGAUGGAUGCUAUAUUCAAAUCAAACAACCACGUGGCGAUAAACACUAUAGAUAUAUCAACAGAAAAAAAGAUUAUGCUGUGAUCAUACAGGGAGUGUGCGCAUAUAAUAAAAAGCUACUGGACGUCCAUAUUGGAGAAGUAGGCAGUAUGCACGAUGCUCGAGUGUUUCGCCGAAGUGAACUAUCAAAUAGUCUACCAAGAUUGCUGGGUCCAGAUGAGCACAUUGUAGGAGACUCAGCAUAUCCGAUAAGUCCACACAUGAUGGUGCCAUAUAAAGACAAUGGUGUCUUAACGGCAAAACAAAAGAGUCACAACAAUAAACUGAGCAAGGGAAGAGUAAAAAUUGAAAACACGUGGGCACAAUUAAAAGGGAAAUGGAGACGUCUAAAGUAUUUAGAUAUGGAUAGGAUGGAUUAUGUUGUAGAUCACAUUUGUGCAAGUUGUGUCUUACAUAAUGUUGCACUUGACGGUUCAGAUGAUGAGUAUGAGGUAGAGGAAAAUGAAGAGAUUGAUGUGUUUGAGGAGAGAGAUGUAGAUUUUGAAAGAAUGAAAAGAGAAGGUCAAGUUAAGAGGGAUAUGUUGGCUGAUCUAUUAUAUAGUAACUAA